CCUCCUCAAAUCCACCCAUCAAAAUCACAAAACCCCUCCGUAAUCAGAAGCUUCCUCUCCUCCUCCCUUUUUCUCUUUUUUUUUUCCCUUUCUUUCACUUCACUCCUGUCUCCCUCUCACUCUCUUGCCACUAUAUAUAUUCACCAUCUCUCUCUUCCCGAUUCAAUUCAAGCCCCGAGGCACCCGUGUCAUUGAAUUCCCAAAGCUCAUUCAUGGCUUCGUCCCUGCUGCUGGUUGGCUUCAUCAUCACCUUCCCCUGCCUCGUCUCCGUUUCCCUGUCAGAGACCCUUUUACUCCCCUUAAUCCACUCCCUCUCCCACGCCCACCCGCAGUUCAACUCCACCCACCACCUCCUCCGCGCCGCCUCCGCCCGCUCCGCCGCCCGCUUCCGCCUCCGCCACCGCCACCAACGCCACCUCCCCCGGCAGGCCUCCCUCCCUCUCUCCCCGGGCAGCGACUACACCCUCUCCCUCACCCUCCACUCGCAGGCCGUGUCGCUCUACAUGGACACCGGCAGCGACCUCGUCUGGGUCCCCUGCUCGCCCUUCACCUGCAUCCUCUGCGACGGCAAGCCCAAGCCCGCCCCCGUCGCCCUCAACUCCUCCUCCUCCACCUCCGACGUCACCUGCAAGUCCUCCGCGUGCAGGGCCGUCCACUCUCCUCUCUCCUCCUCCUCCGACAUCUGCGCGAUGGCUCGUUGUCCCCUCGAAGACAUCGAAAUCUCCGACUGCGCCGCCUACCAAUGCCCGCAGUUCUACUACGCCUACGGCGACGGCAGCCUCGUUGGCCGCCUGAAGAAAGGCAUCGUCACCAUACCCACCUCGUCGCCGCCUCUCGUCCUCCGCAACUUCACCUUCGGCUGCGCCCACACCGCCCUCGGCGAGCCCCUCGGCGUCGCCGGCUUCGGCCGCGGCCCGCUCUCACUGCCGGCCCAGCUUGCCGAGUCGUCCCCGCAGCUCGGCGCUCAGUUCUCGUACUGCCUCGUCUCGCACUCGUUCGACGCCGACCAAGUUCGCCGCCCGAGCCCGCUCAUCCUCGGACGCUACGACGUGACGGAGAAGAGCUCGGAGGGUAAAGGAGGGAGCGACUUCGCGUACACGCCGAUGCUGGACAGCCCGAACAGCCCGCACUUCUACUCCGUCGGGCUGGAGGGGAUCUCCGUCGGGAGGAGGUUCAUCCCGGCGCCGGAGAAUCUACGGAGGAUCGACGGGAGGGGCGACGGAGGGGUGGUGGUGGACUCGGGGACGACGUUCACGAUGCUGCCGUCGGGGCUGUUCGGCGCGGUGGCGGCCGAGUUCGACCGCCAGCUCGGGCGGGUCAACUCGCGGCGGGCGAGGGCGGUGGAGGACAAUACCGGGCUGAGCCCGUGCUACUACGUGGACGGCGCGGGGGCCAGGGUGCCCGACGUGGAGUUCCGCUUCGCGGGCGGAUCGGGUGUGGCAAUGCCCAGGGGGAACUACUUCUACGAGUUCGUGGACGUGGACGGCGGGAAUAAGGGGAGGCGGGUGGGGUGCCUGAUGAUGAUGGACGGCGGGGACGCGACGGAGAUGGGGGGUGGGCCCGGGGCGACGCUGGGGAACUACCAGCAGCAGGGGUUUGAGGUGGUUUACGACUUGGAGGGGAGGCGCGUGGGGUUCGCGCGGAGGCAGUGCGCGUCGAUGUGGGACAGCCUCCGGCAGGGCUGACGUGUCGCUUCGGGGGUUGACUUCUUCCGGCUCGAAGAUCUUCGACUUCGAGCGAGCGUGUCGUGGGCUCCACGUGUGGUCCAUGGAGGCAUGGAGUACGGUCAAAGGGUUGAAAGAAAAUGAGAGAGAUGGGGCCAUAUUAAUUUGGCUUUUCGCUUGUGUAAAUAAAUGUGGAAGAUGUUGGUGGAAGAGAUUUGUAAAUUUUGCAAAUACAGUCGGACGGGGAUGAAUUCUUUUCUGUAAGAUAUGCUAUAUAUUCAGAAUCUUACUUUCUUCGGACAAAA